CUUCUACAUGGAGAGAAUAGGACGAAAACGUGUAUCACUGAGUGGAGUGUUGGAGAUAGAGAUACAAUCACAAUGGUCUAUACCCCGGCUUUGGUCCUCGGACAUGGAAUUCCGAUUGCGUCUGAAGAGGAUAACGUUGUCGAACUGAUGAGAAAGUUUAUCGAUCAAAUCACAUCGAGCGAUAAAAAAUAUGUGCGUCGAGGCAACAUUGAAAGUCCCGAAUUCAUCAAGGAAAUAAACUCAAGUAAGUCUCUGUUCUGAAAUCUAAGUAUGUAUUUCAUCAGAUAGAUGUACUGUAUUAAAUAAUGGCUUUUGAUAACCAUGCGAUUUAAUUUUGGUGAAUUGUAUAGCCCUUUUGACAAACUUUGUAGAGGACCACAAUGGAAACAAGUAUUUUAACUCUUUAAUCCUCGGCAUUUUGGGAUAUGUAUCUGUUGCCUGGUGUAACAUUAUGUAUUUUAAAUGGUCAAAUAAAAUGACCAUUCCAAGCGGCCACAGUAGCCUGCCUUGAUACAAUGUAGCUGAUGCAGCCAGAUAGUCUAGUGUAACAGACUGCUCAUGACUGUAUCAACUGAUGGUCUGUUAUAAAAAGUUAAUUUUACUGAGCUCUCUCCUCUAGUUUAAAGUGGCUGAUCCAUUGUCUUAUUUGUACUAUCAAUGUGAAAAAAAUAAAAAAAAUAACAAUGUUACUGAGUAUGUAAUAUUCUAAACCUAUAGUGCAACAUUUGUUUAGGACUAAUCAUCAAAAUAAGGACAUUUUUAAGAUGGUUUGAAAUGUAAUGUUGCAAUGUUCUUGAAUAGGCUAAAUAACUUAGUAAGUAGGUCAAAUAGUAGUCUUAGCAUAUAUAACUCCUGCCAUAUCAAAUGUAUGCAAUACUAAAGUAUAGGCCGUGCUGUGCAACUUCAACUCAUGGUUCAUCAGCAAUAUUGAUAUUAACACGCCAUUCUCUUUUCCAGGUAUGGACUCUGAAACAACUCUUGACUGUGAGAGAAUACUCCAGCAGGACAUGACCAGGCAGAUAGUGCGUUGUCUCUCUGAAGCUAAAGAAUCGAGUCUGCGGUGCCGAAUACUGCUGCUUCCCUGCCCGCUGACUGCCAAAGUUGCCCUGGAUGUGGUGCGCUCCUCAGCGGGAGAGCCGUGCGGGCUCCGCGGGGCCUUCAUACAGGUCUAUUUGGAGACAAAACCGGGCCAACCACUGCAGACGCUGGGAACUAUAACACCCGACCCAACUGUCACUCCUACCUUCGAGCUGUCCGUCGUGUUCAAGCUGGACAAAGACUGUUGGCCGCCUCUCAAGCACAUAUUCGUUACCGACAAGGUGUUGAAACUACGACCCCAAUACCGGAUGGUCAAGAAGAAAUUGUAUUCCUCCGCGAGCCCUGUCAUACAUGAGUUUUGCUGAGACAAUUUCUUAUCAGGAAUCAACAUGUGGCCUAUAAUUCUCUACAUUCCAGUUAGGAGAAAAAGCUGUUGCACCACUUAUUUAUUUUUUCCCCCCAGUGUACUAAAUGUAUGUUAGUGUACACUACUGUAUUGGAGAGUUGACAUUCUAAUGAAAGUUUUGCACUGGAACAUCACUGGAGAACAGUCAGUUCAAUUGUGAAAAGGAAAAAUUAUUUUGUAUCGUUUAAAAAGGAAGGAAUGGUUACCCUAUAUGUUUUGUAUGGCUGAAAUUUGAGUUGACAUAGAAAAGAGCACAGAAUGCAUGUUACCUUGCUGGUUAUAGCAGGGGGUGAAAUGUGUUGCCAAGUAUGGUACAAUCUAACUCCCCCAUAGUUUUUGUUUUGUUUUGUUACACAUUUGUUGUUCGAAAACAAUUGCUUGAUUGUCUUACUUUUGUAAAACCUCAUGCUGGAUGUGAAAGCAAGAUGGUGUUGCCCCUUACCCUGUGUCUGACGGUUUCAGUAUUGUUAAACUGAGAAAUGUGAAAUAAAUGUUUUUGCACAGUAUUCUUUUCAGUGUUGCCAUACUCUUUAAAUCAUAACAGCUGUCAGAAUCACCAAUACCCU